GGGCUCUGGCAGAGCGAGGCGUAAUAAUUUAUCCAACGGGAGAAAAGGAGAAAUUGACCCCCCUCCCCUUUUUAAAACCCCGCGCAACGGUCCCCUUUAGCUGUAAAUAUUUGGCAGCGGUGGGAUUUCGUGGUAGGAUCAGGAUUGUCACUCUGCCCUCCCCCUGAUACCCCCUUCCUGCCCCCCCCAAUUCCUGAAUGCUGGACCUUCCUAUUUUGGCCUGUACUGACAUGACUGACAACUGGCUGAACGUGCAGUCAGAGGAAGAGAAAGGUCAGGAGAGCAGCAUGGUGGAUUCCGGCAACUUGGACGACAGCUUGACCAGCUUACAGUGGCUUCAAGAAUUCUCCAUCAUCAAUGCCAACAUGGGCAAAUCAUCCUCGUCCCCUUGCAGCACAGAUCCCCAUGGUUAUCACAAAAUUCCUGGCUCAGCUGCGCCGUGUUCUCCCCUGGCUGGGGAUCCAGCUUGCAUGGGGAUGCCCCACACACCAGGCAAGCCCAUCUCCUCCUCCACCUCCAGGACUGCACACCUGCAAGGCCAGCCGUUGGAAGACAUAGACUACAAGACCAAUCCCCAUGUGAAGCCUCCUUAUUCGUACGCCACGCUCAUCUGCAUGGCAAUGGAGGCCAGUAAGAAAACUAAAAUCACCCUCUCAGACAUCUAUAAGUGGAUUACAGACAAUUUCUGCUACUUCCGGCAUGCCGACCCCACAUGGCAGAACUCUAUUAGGCAUAACCUGUCCUUGAACAAGUGCUUCAUCAAGGUGCCACGAGAGAAGGAUGAACCAGGGAAAGGUGGCUUCUGGAAAAUCGAUCCUCAGUAUGCAGACAGACUGAUGAAUGGGGCAUUCAAGAAGCGCAGGAUGCCCCCAGUGCAGAUCCAUCCAGCCUUUACUGGCAGAGUCCAACAGGAUGCCAGCUCCAGUUCCUCUGCUAACCAAGCAGCGACUUCUUGGAAAAACAGCAUCCUGAAAAUCAAUAUGGAGUCUCAACAACUGCUUAAAGAGUUUGAGGAAGUCACCAGUGACCAGAACUGGAACCUGGUAGAUGGGAAAAUGAGCCAUAAACGCAAACAGCCAUUACCAAAACGGAUGUACAAGACAGCCCGUCUCUCCAGUUCCCCUAUGCUUACUCAGGAAGAACAGACAGAACUUGGGUCUCUGAAAGGUGACUUUGACUGGGAGGCUAUCUUUGAUACCACCUUAAAUGGUGAUUUCUCCACCUUUGAGGAUCUGGAGAUCACUCCUCCUAUUAGCCCGAUAACAAGGGAUGUAGACCUAACCGUGCAUGGAAGGCAUAUUGACUGUCCACAGGAAUGGUGCCCAGUUGGACAAGAUUACAUCCUAACAGAAUCCAAUCAGAACAGUUUGGACUUUGAUGAAACCUUAAUUGCGACUUCUUUCCUUCAGCACCCUUGGGAUGAAGGAAGAAAUGAUUACCUCUCGAAUUCUGUCAACAUGGAUCCUCUGUUUGAACUCAGCGACCCUUCUUUGCAGACAGAAAUGAAUGACUGGAACAAUGCUGGUUGUCUUUAAUAAAAGGUUGAUCCCUGGCUAGAAGACUCAAGAUCAUCCCAGACCAACCUGCUGUAUGAAUAAGAUAUUCCCAGAACUGCAGGAAUUUACAGACUGGAGAAUCCUCUGGCAAAUGAGACAUCUUUAUUAUUUGGGACCAGAAAUGUUGGGGAUGGGGGGAGAGCCAGAGAAUUUAGCUGGAUUAUUUGAAAGCAACACAUAUAGGGAAACUCUGUGUCCCACAACGACAAACAAAUACAGUACUUAUUUUUGUGUUCUUUUAAAGAAAUAUGAAUUUUUCUACUUUAGGGAAUUGAAAAGGGCAUAUCUUCCUUGUAGGGGAAGGGAGGAUGUUUGACUAAGAUGGAAGAGCUGGCCUUUUCUGGCGACUAAGAACAUUUUAGAUCAUUUGCAAUUUCCUCUUCCUUCUUAUAUCCAUUUGGUCUUUCCAUCUCCCUCCCUUUCUUGUGUGAGUGUGUUUGUAUUGUUUCUACCAAGGGAUAAUUUCUAGGUGACAGUUAAAUAGCAGGCAAAUACAUUUCCCACUUGUAUUCUAGGAGUUGCAACCUCCUGUCUACAUUAGGACUAGUUUAGUUGUUAAAAUUGGUAUACUUUGAAAUGAAUCAGCUAGAGGAGAUCUUACGGGCUUUUAAAAAUAGAGCCUAUUAUAUAUCUAUAUCUAUUAAGAAACGUAUAUAUUUAGCUACUGGGCAAAAUCAGUAAAGAAUUGGUGGGAUGAGGAUUGCUUCUAAUAAUGUUAAUGAAGAUUGAAGUAUAUCAGGCAUUUGUUAUACAGAGGGAACGUAAUGAAAUAUGCAAGGAGGAAUUCUGCCAGCAGAGGAUUAAAAAAAAAAAAACACUAUACAAGGGGACCUGAUGUUCUCUAGAUGGUCCUUUUGACUUAUUUUUGUAUUUCCUAUCCUUGACCAUUUUGCAAUCUUGACUGAAUGUGUGAAGCCUAGACAAGAUGCAUGGCUCUAGAGUUUUGGCUCUCUAAAGUUUUGGAUCAGUAACAAAGCACUCUACCCUUUUCUAACUGGAAGCUAUGAAGGAAUUUGUGUGAUCGUAUGACAGACUCCGCCAAAUCAGCUGAGAGCUUAACUGACCAAUUAUGAAGGGCUACAUUUUUCUUCUCCUUUGGUGAGGCGGCUAUGGAAACUACUAAAAUAUUUAUCUGCUUUAGUUAAUGCCUUGUAGGGUGUUAGCUCCCGGCCGGAGUGACAGUUUAGUGCUGGCUAAAAAUGUUCCUAUUUUUCAGUGGCUCUAGACUUAAGGACUGUUAUAGGCCACAGACCGUGUAUGCAGCGGAAAUGACAAACAAUGGAAGAAUCUACAGCUUCAUUCUGCCUUAUUAUUAUUAUUCUUCUAUCCUAGAAUUGGGGUUGCCGCCCUACUAGGUAUUUUUAGCCCAGAAUGAAUGUUAGUCAAUAGUUAUCUUAAAAUUUGCAUGCAUUCAAAUAAAUUAAAAUAUGCACAUAGCCACAGUAGUUACUGAAGUUCUCUCUGUCUGAACAUGGUAAUAUUUCCUGUGUGUUACCUUUUAAAAGAGCUAUAGAAUGAGGUAAAGCUCUAUGGACUGUUUUUUGCCAAAGGGAAAACCAACCGGACUUCUACAAGACGCACUUAAUUUGCUUUUUACAUACCAGCAUCUCCUUUAAAUGCAUGCCAGCCAACAUUAUGAAUUUUCAAAUGUUAAUAUUCUCAUACGCUUCAUCAGACCAUUCCCAUAAUUUCCAAGUGUGGGAGAGGCCACUCCCUUGGGGCAAAAGCCCAGGUUCUAGGUUUUUCUAUGGUGAAUAUGACAAUUGGUCCCUGAUAUACACAUAACCACAUCUAUUCACAAUGACAAGAAAACACAUGCCCAUCAGAUUAUUUGAAUGCAAUAGGUACAUUGCCCAAACAAUCAUUUGAAUUAGAAAAGAAGUUUUCUUAUGCUACAUUUUGAAUGUUGGUAACUAUCACCAAAUUAUCACUAAAUUAAGUACCUCGUUCAAGAACAGAAAAAACAAAUUUUGUUAAUUGUCUUAUGCCAUAAAUAUUAAUACUGUGCUCAUGUUAUCAUGACAAGAGGGAUGUGAUUUGACGUGAUUAUUUCAUAGCACUUUUAGUAUUGAAAGUAAUUAACCCUCCUCACUUCAUUGCUCAAAAAUUCAUCAUUUAUUCUUGUUAUAGACAGAACACUGAAGCUGAAAGAAAGAUGGUUUAUAUGUAAGGUAUAUGAAAGAGAGCGCAUAAGAGUGUAUGUGUGCAAUGUGCAUCUCAUUUGUUCCACAUGGUCCACAUAAUCUCCUGAUACUGCAUUUCUGUUAGGGGGAUAUAUCAUAUUUUCAAAAUUCUUGAAAUAAAAUAUGUGAUUUUUUUUUAACCUAAGAAAACUAACUGUUCCCCCUCAGAGUGCACAUGACCACAGCUUUGAACAUGGGUGUCCAAUUGGUAGCUCUGGCUCCCAUAAGGAUUUAAUGUGGCCCUCUAACCUAUGGGUUCUGAAGAUCUGGACUACAGUUCUGGGUACCUUGAAGUUGUCCCAACAUUUCUUCCUUCUGCAGCAACAACUUCUUACUUAAAUGUCAGACUAGACAUGAUAGAUGUCACUGUCUUCAUUGUUUUUUUUUUAAAUUAGCCAUGCAGAGCUCAGAUUCAGAUCCGGGCUGCAUGGGGCAAGAACUUAACCCUCCCCUCCCACACACACAACCUGGCUACUGAACCAGCCCCGACUUACUAUUAGCCAUUUAAAGCUGGAAACGACCUUUUCUUUUAGGGGUAUAGUGUGGGGAGCUUGGGUCUGAUUUGCAAAACAGUGCAGAGAUGAAAGGGUUAAAUGCCCUCUCCAUUCCUCAUGUGGCCCGUGUGUCAGCUGCUGUAACAGAGUUUUUUAAAAUGCCAGGAAGAUCUGUUCGCUGACUUCCCAGUAUAUCUUAUGUUUUCACCAGCCUCUGCUACCUGUUCCCUCAGUGUUAGCCUCCUAAAGAAGAGCUGUUCCAGGUCUCUUGGGUAUUAAAACAUCCACCCCUCCAUCCACUUUGUGGCAUGAGUAAAUGACUUCCCACACAGAGACCAUGAUUAGCUAAGUACCAAAGCAUACAGUCCCCAAAACUUAAGAAGCUGGGCAUGUCCCAAAUUUAGAACACGUUGCCUGCCUCCAAGGAGCUGAAUGUCAGAAUAUUACACAGGAAAUAUUUAGUAUUUUCUCCCUCUGAAAACGGCAUGGAUGGUUCAGAGUGCCUGAAAAAAUUGAAAGGCAAAGAACAUUCAUACUUCAUAACAAUCUGAGAAUAGCUGAUAUAAGGCAAAAUAGUACCAUUAAAAUCAACAGAGCUUCCUUGUCUUAAUCUAUAGAGCAAGUAGGUCUGUGAAUCACAUGGCAAUCAGAAACAUAUUAUAAUGGGGAAAAGAUGGACACCCCUGAAUUUAAGUUAGAGCAAUUCUAAUUCACUCCUUAUUGGAAACAUUGUUAAUUUACAGCUAGUUAGAAUACUGGAUUUUAUUUGGAGUGUUAAUGAAAAAAUAGAAAAAUAGAAGCAUUUUGUUGCUGUUGAUAGGAACAAUAUUAGAUGCCUUAAUUGUGUCAGAAGAUAGGUGUACUUUUCUUUGCUUGUUUUUUGAAAAAUAAAAAUGAGUCUAGGCCAGUGUUGUAAAAGAAAACCCCGAAUGUUAAAUGAAGGGAGAGCACCGAACUAAAGUGCAAUUGGGGUCGCUGUGCAAAAUAGAUCUGGUGUUUGGUUUGGAUAUAACUGAGGCAAAUUGCAGUAAUUUGUCAAAUGUAAAAUUUGGAAUUUUAAUGCAGUCCAUAUAAAGAUAUAAGUCUAAUUAAAGUCAGAGAAUGUGGCAACUUGCUCCAGUUAAAAUCAAAAGAUUUAAAUCACUGGGGAAUCAGUGGUGCUUUGGCUCUUUUCAGUACUUUGGGACUCAGCAUUGCACGCCGAAUUUACAAGCAUGAAACAACACAAAAGGAUUAGAAACGGAAAUCUUUAAUUUGAAUCCCAAAUUCAAAUUCACGACCAAAAUGCUUCCCCUAAAAUCUGCUCGAGCCUUUGCCAUUGAUUUCAGUAGGUUCCGGUUGCAUUCAAUAACUUCAUUGCAACUUCAAACCAGCAAGUGCUGCAUCUUCUAAUCUGAAUGUUUUAAUUGGGCAUUUGAAUACAUGUUUGACUUAUACAUUCAGGAUUCUGAAUUUGCUUCAGCUUUUCUCAGCUGGCGCAAGUCUGUUCAAUUUUGCUGAAGUUGUCUUGAAUUUCUGGAUUGACAGAAGUCCUGAUCUAGGCUGUUUCCACAUGCCCUUAAAGGGACAGCCCACUCACUGAAGGCUGGCGACGUCUCUGUUUGCACUUUCCGCAGUCCCAGAAAAGGCACCCAAAAAAUGGAAGCCAAACAGCCUGUAUCCAUUUUGCAAACGGAGACAUCACCAGCACUCUGUUUGUGUGACGUCCCUUUAAGGAUGUGUGAAAACGGCCCUAGUCUCCAUACAGGCAACAUUAGAAGCAAGCUAUAAUUCAAGACCUCCACUCUUUUUGACAGCAACCGGAAGCCCAGAGGCCAGUUGCAGAUUUAUGUCUUACAGUGCAAUCUUAAGCAGCUUUUCACCCUUCUAAAUCCCCUGAAGUCAAUGGGUUUAAAAGGGGUAAUUAUGUUUUAGCAUUGCACUGUAAAAAAGAAAAGAUUCUGGAGAUAGGUAGUUGCCUGGGUCCUCUAGUUAUCUGUACACAAAGGAGAAGGCUAUGAAGAGUCAUAACCAUCCAAAGUACUCACAAAAACUUUGUUGCCAGGCAGACUUGCUAGAUGGCAAUAGUAUGAUUUAUUUUUAUUUGCAAAAUAUGAACUUCCAGACCACAGGGCGCAGUCAGUGUUUGCGUGUAGCAAUAGUAACACCUAGUUAAUCUACCUGCAAAGCUUACUUGUCAUAAAAAACAAGGUGGGAAUUCUCUCUUUCUCUCUCUGAACAUGUUCAUAGAGAAAACAUAAUGCAAGUGUGUUUAAUUCUCAAACCUGUUUAACAGAUUUUGCUUCCAGCCAAGGAACCCUGGGGACUGUAGUUCAAUAAAUGGGAAAGAAUUUUCCACCAAGAAUUCUCAGCAGGCUCACAACACUACGAUUCCACGAGUUCCUUAAUGGAAAAUAUGACAGUGAAACUGGUUUCAAAUCCGUUUAAAUUUGUAGUGCAGAGGUACUCUUAUUUAUUUCUGAUGAAAUUGCUCCAAAAACUAGUUGUAUUUCUAAACAUAUUGUUUGCACAGCUUUUCAAGAUCACUGCAAAAUUACUGAUAGUCAGACAAGACUUUCUCCCUCAAACAUAUUCCUCAUUUUCUAUUCCAUUUCAAUGCCUUGGGUGUGGGGUUUGUUUCCUACUGAUGUUGAAAAACUGCAAAAAUGUGUGCAAUUUAACCUUUUCUAUGGAAAGCUAUUUAAAAAUAAAAAAAAAUAGUAAACUGUC